CCCCAUUGGCUGAAGCGGCCCGGCCCGGUAUCCGGGUAAGAUGGCCGCAGUCGGAGAGUGUUCGGUCGCUGUUCCGUGGACCCCGGUUUCCCUUAUGCACGUCGAGUAUCCGGCAGGUGAUUUCACCGGACAUCUUCUUGCCUACGUGAGCCUGGGUCCCAUUUUCAUCCUUGUCGGUUUCGUCACUCUCAUUGUUUUCAAGCGCGAACUCCACACGAUCUCUUUCUUGGCAGGGCUGUUGGUCAACGAAGGUGUGAACUGGCUGAUAAAGAAUAUUGUCCAGGAGCCUCGGCCUUGUACAGAAAUCCACCCGUCCGUGUAUUCAAAGAACGCCAUGCCUUCCAGCCAUUCCCAGUUUAUGUGGUUUUUUGCCAUUUACUCUUUCCUCUUCCUCUAUUUAAGGAUGCACCAGACCAACAAUGCCAGGUUCCUGGACUUGCUGUGGAGACAUGUGCUUUCCCUUUGCCUCCUAACAGCGGCCUUUCUCGUCUCCUAUAGUAGGGUCUACCUGCUCUACCACACCUGGAGUCAAGUCAUCUAUGGAGGGGUCGUGGGAAGCGUCAUGGCUGUGGUUUGGUUCGCCUUCACACAGGAGAUCUUAACUCCUUUGUUCCCAAGGAUAGCAGCAUGGCCAUUAAGUGAAUUCUUCUUAAUCCGAGACACGAGCCUCAUCCCAAAUAUCCUUUGGUUUGAAUACACGGUCACCAGAGCAGAAGCCAGGAACCGACAGCGGAAGCUGGGGACUAAGCUGCAGUGAACUGGAAGACGCAGAACUGGACCACACGAUUCUGUCAAGCGAAGGAGGGCCGGAGCUAGGAGUGGAAGAGAGAGCCUUUUAAGAGACGACGGACCGAAGGGCCUGGCAGGAGGACACCUGCGGACCAGAGGCCUUUCCAGCGAGCCGGAUCAACCCUGCUGCAUGCUGAGGACCGGCGGGGGCGGAAUCCCUUUCUUGCACCGCACCAGGCAGGAACUUGCUCUCACCUGCGGGGCUUGUGCAGGGCAUGCGCUGGCGGGUGGCGCCUGCGCCUAACUUUGAGGGUGGGGCCGGGCCGGGGCACAUAGCUAGAGUCUUGUCGACAGGAGGGGGCGGGGGGAUAAACCAUAUAUAAGCUCUGUGACUUUUUUCUAUUGGAUUUCCCUUUUGGCAGCAUGCGAUCUGUACUCUAUUUAUUUUUUAAAUGGACUGUUUGCACAAUGGGGGCUGGGCGGAGGGAGGCGGAAGAUGCCCUAUUUAAUCUUGUGUUCGUGGAGGCAGCCGAUAAGUCAUCGUGUGGGAUAAUCGAGGAGCAGGGAUUCCUGGAGCUAGAAGGGUGGGCUGUAGGAGGUCUUUUUCCUUCUGGGUUUUCAAUUUUCCAUGACUGUUUGAGGCAUUUGGGUCAUUCCCAAUGACACUUUCUAUCAGUUUCCACAGAAACUUGCUUCAAGGAUUGCUGUUGACACUAGCUGUGUUUUGGCACACACAGCAAAAGGGGGAUUAGUCGAAAGUGCACACGGUCGGGUCAACACAAUGGCAAAAAUGCCCCCUCUUUGGUAGACCUUUUAUAUUAUUUUUCCUACUUCAGAUUCUCGUCCAAAUGGUUUGCUUUACUAGGGACCACUUCUUUUUUCUGAGUGCCAAUAACUUGGUCCACCUAACCAUCUCUUUUUCCGGUCCCCCUUCCUCUCUUUUCUCCCCGAAUUACCCACCCCUCACGAUUGCAAACUUUGUUACUGGUUGUUUAAAAUGCAAAAAAAUUAAAAAUUCCUUAAAGGAGGCACCGUUAAAGCA